AUGCGACAAGGUGGCAGCAUUUGGGAAGCGAGUCUGUGCCAAAGACAGAAGGUUGUGGUUGAGAGAGCCACUCCUGAUUAUCUGUGCCGAGAGGUCACGCCCAACCAAGGAAAUAUUUUUAAAUCCCUUGAAUGUGUUCGUGUGCGAAUGCAGGAUCGUACUGGAAUGUGUUACCUACCUGAAGUCUGUGGGCAAUACCCAGGGUGUUCAGUUGUGGGUCCUCGUGACAAUUGUCAUAGUGUUCGACGCAUUGCUGACGCAUUUGUUGUUCCCGGAGCCACAUGUCGUACUGAUCCAGUAAAGUUUGAAGCUGGCAAAUAUGAUGUGGCUCCACAUGUGUCAGCGCUAGAUAGCAAUUCUUUGUCGGGUUCGGACACAAAAAUUUCGCCUUUCGAACUGGUAGAAGAUAUGACUGCAAUACAAAACACUGUCGGUGAACGGCAGCCACUGACUGAUAAGAACAACAGCGACCCGGAAACUUGGGCAAUGGCCUCGAUCCUGUGUACCAAUUCGUGA